AGCACUCGGGAGGACCGCCGCGCUGCGCAGCACCGAGGACAGCGCCCGGCAGCGCCCGCGCCCAGCUCUUGCUCCGCAGCCGCAGCUCGCACGCACGCACCGCACUCCCGCACGGACACACUCACACGCGCACACACGCGCCCCGCUGCACCAUGGCAGAAUCCCACCUGCAAUCAUCCCUGAUCACAGCGUCACAGUUUUUCGAGAUCUGGCUUCAUUUCGACGCUGAUGGAAGUGGCUACCUGGAAGGAAAGGAGCUGCAGAACUUGAUCCUGGAGCUCCAGCAGGCGCGAAAGAAAGCUGGAUUGGAGUUAUCACCUGAGAUGAAAACUUUUGUGGAUCAGUAUGGGCAGAGAGAUGAUGGAAAAAUAGGAAUUGUAGAGUUGGCUCAUGUAUUACCCACAGAAGAGAAUUUCCUGCUGCUCUUCCGAUGCCAGCAGCUGAAGUCCUGUGAGGAAUUCAUGAAGACAUGGAGAAAAUAUGAUACUGAUCACAGUGGCUUCAUAGAAACUGAGGAGCUUAAGAACUUUCUAAAGGACUUGCUAGAAAAAGCAAACAAGACUGUUGAUGACACAAAAUUAGCAGAGUAUACAGACCUAAUGCUGAAACUAUUUGAUUCAAAUAAUGAUGGGAAGCUGGAAUUAACUGAGAUGGCCAGGUUACUACCAGUGCAGGAAAAUUUUCUUCUUAAAUUUCAGGGAGUCAAAAUGUGUGGAAAAGAGUUCAAUAAGGCUUUUGAGUUAUACGAUCAGGAUGGCAAUGGAUACAUAGAUGAAAAUGAACUGGAUGCUUUACUGAAGGAUCUGUGUGAGAAGAAUAAACAGGACCUGGAUAUUAAUAAUAUUCCAACAUACAAGAAGAGCAUAAUGGCUUUGUCGGAUGGAGGGAAGCUGUACCGAACGGAUCUUGCUCUUAUUCUCUGUGCUGGGGACAACUAGAGUUGGCCACUACCACUUGCUAGUGAUACAUUGUAUCUAAAACAUAACUGUGCACUAUAAGGGAGUAGGCUGUAUUUUCUUUUAUAUCUGUAAAUUUAACUGCAUAUAGAUAAUUAUCCAGGAUGUGUGGCUCAUUCUUUUCAUCUAGUUUCUAUACUGUUUGUAAUGUACAGUUUUUGUAACUAUAUGAUUGAAAAGGAGAAAGUCUGUGCUCAGGCCAGUUAGUACCACCAAUUAAAAAGAAAAGAAUAACCUAACAUAUUAUUGCUUUUAUAAAUACAGUUGGACAUGAUUUCCCUAAAAAUUACACCAGUAUUAAUCUCUAAAAUUCUAGUCUCUGAUAUGUAAACACAUUUGUCACUGAAUAAAAUAAUUAAACACAACAGACAAACAUUCUUACUUUAGACAAUCAGAGGACUGUCCCACAAGGUAUUUCUAAGUUAUAUUUUCAACUAUUAGGAGAAUUGUGCUUUUGCAUCUAAAAUACUCACCAAAAUACCAAUAAAUAGUUAAUUGUGGCUUUAUGAAACUAACAGCCUCGCUAGAGGAGACUUAGUUUACUAAUCAACAUCCUGUCUACUGCUUGAAUCCGUACCAAAUUAUUAGUUCAAGUUGACUUGGUGACAAAGGAAGGUAGCACCAGAUGACACAAAAAUCCAUCUGAUUCUAUGCCUGUAUUUCCAACAAGCCUACUGUCAAAGAGUAUGACCUUAAUCCAUUUUCUAAACUGUUUUCACAUGUGGCAGAUUAUAAUUAGUCUAGUAUACUGCUGUUUUAUGUCAUAUUCUGUGUAAUCUCUGAUUAAAUUUAAUAUACUGAGUA